AUGGAUCCCCCAGAGAAGAGCAAUCGUCUCGCCUUUGGCGUUACUACCUCCUUUCCUCCCUCUAUGCCUCAUCGGGAGAGCAAUCAGGCUGAACCAAGUCAUCGGAUUGGCUUCACUUUCCGGCCCUCUCAGGCUUCUCGAGGUUUUUCUGAAUGGGCUUCAAGUUCUGCUUGGCACUUGAAUGCUUCGCCUUCUGGGGGUCAUGCUCUAGACGCCUCUGAGCAGAAGAAUCCAUCUACUUUUGAUUUAAAUAUGCAGGUGGAUGCCAGCGAAACUGCUCCUCUUACCGUCGCAGAGGAAGCGCUUGCGGUUCCAGCUGUUGCGGUACGGGGAGAGCAAGUACAGGGAGAUGGCAAUUCCCACGGGCUACUUGCUGCGGGUGCCAUCACCUCUGAGCAGACCGAGAGGUUGGCGGAAAGGAGUCUUGUCCCAGUUGCAGCCGGUACAUCGCGGGAUUGCGUGGUAUUCGAACCUCAGAAGGGCCCUGAAAAGUGCAUGCCCCUGGCCUCUCUCGAUAUUUCCGCCAUUAGCAGCGACAAAGUCCUCUACUACUUCGGUGUAUUGGCAGUCCAGGCUCUUCUGCUCCCAAGGUUUCAGUGUUCCUCUAGCAGAAAACGUGGCCUUUGGAAAGGCAAGCUAACCUUGUACGGGCAAACUUUUGAGUCGGACUAUAGCUUCCAUACAACCCUGAAAGCCAAAAGUGCCAUGGCGCGUAAGGCCCUUGAGAAGCUGAAAAGCCCCUACUCAGCCUGGAAGGUGCCGCCAGAGCCGAUGGAUUGCCCUCUAGCGACGGGCUGGAACUGGAUCGAAAUAUUGAAAGACUACUGCAUUCAGAAUUCUUUGCCGGAACCAACGUAUACCAUGUACAAUCACCAGCAAGGAUGUCGCCAUGAGGCUCAAGUAGCCAACUUUUCACGCUUUGCAGUGCUCAAGCACUACGCUCAGGAGUGGAACUCAAGGAAUUCUGCUGCCCAAAUGACCCUGUAUGCGCUUCUGACCUCUGAGGAACUCCCGCCGGUUGGCAUCAGCGGAGCGGUCUCGCUACGGAAUUUCGACGAGGGCCUAUUAGCUGUGGUCCCCAGAGAAGCAGUCCAAGAGGGCAUGAGCAGCGGAAGCGAUAGUUCGAAGUGUCCCCGCAAAAGGCUCUUGGAGGAUCAUGCAAAUCAAGCCAAAGCCAAAAAGCGAGGGCUCAAAAGCGGCUUUGUAGGCGUCAACGCCAACCUUUUACCCUUAGCGGGCAACGCUAGGUUGGCACCAAUUGAAGAGCAUGCGGAAAAUGUAGAAAAGAGAUGGAGCGUUACCUAUCGGGAACUGAAGUCAGAAUUGGAAAGAGGCCUGGAGGGACACACCGAAAAACUACAGAGAAUUUGUCACCUCCUCCCACUAGAAGUGCCAGAGAUUCGGAUUGAGAGAAACAACGGCCAGUGGAUGGAAGGUGAUUACAAGGCCGCUGCUUAUUUCAAGAAUGACCCCUUCCUGCAUCGUGCAAGUCCGAUCGGAGAGUCCAAAGGCAGCAUGUCCGAAGCAAAAGAAGCCUGUGCCCACAAAGUGAUUCAAUAUCUCAUCGAGAUGGUGAGGGAAGAUACUCGCCUGGAAGAUGAAGCAGCAAAGGAGAGCGAUAGGAUGAGGAAUUGGGGCAAUAUUGGUCACUGA